AUGUCUGAAGAUGAUGGUUUACUUUUGAAUUUUUCUACUGAGCCAGCAGUGGUUUCAAAUGCCCCUCAGAAUAGAACUGCUAAAGAAGGACCAAGAAAGAAGAAGAAUCCUGAAAAGAAAAAGCUUACCACUUCAUAUUCCAGACCUAUUUCAAAGAGAAGGCUUCUUGAAGAAGGACAAGAAGAUACUCCUGAAAGCAAGCGCGCGAGAAAUGAUGCCAUUGAUAAAAAUACUUUUGUCUCGUCGCUUUUCAGUUCCAAUGGAGAAUCUUCCACCAACAAGAACAACUCGAACUCCGUACAAUUGGACCCUUCCAAUGCUCCUCUAACCGGUAGUGGUGUCACUUUUGCAUCACUCGGGAUAGAUGAGAAGUUAUCAGGGUAUCUUGAAGAAAAAUUGAAUUUCAAGACUCCGACCAAGAUUCAAAGACUUGUGAUCCCAACUCUUUUAAAAGCUCAACAAGAUUUAUUCAUUCAGGCUCAAACUGGGUCAGGGAAAACUCUAAGUUUCUCAUUACCGAUCUUCAAUACUCUAAUGAGCUUAUCCACCCCGGUAUCCAGGGAAAGUGGAUUAUUUGCCAUCAUUCUUGCGCCUUCUAGAGAAUUGGCAUUGCAAAUCUACUCGGUAUUGGAACAAUUAAACAAACGGUACGUGAAGAUCGUCCCGGGGAUCGUUAUUGGUGGUGAAAAGAAAAAAUCAGAAAAGGCUAGAUUGAGAAAAGGGGUCAAUAUAUUAGUAUCAACUCCAGGUAGAUUAUUGGAUCAUUUAAACUCCACCAAGAACUUGCACGAAAACUUGAGUUUGGUGAGAUGGUUGAUUUUGGAUGAAGGGGAUAAAUUGAUGGAAUUGGGUUUUGAAGAAACUUUGACAAAUAUCAUUAAAAUCAUUGAAAGUGCGACAGGAAGCAAGCUUACUCAUACUAAUAGAGAAUACCCAGAAUUACCAAGAAGAAGAAUCAAUGUGCUUUGUUCAGCAACCAUUAAGAGUAAUGUGAAAAAAUUGGGAGAAAUUUCGUUGAAUAAUCCACAAUUGAUAACUAGUGGUAAAGAAACUAAUCCUGGAAAUGUAGUGGAAUUCCCUGAUGAAAGUAAUGCCACAGUACCAGACCAGUUGACUCAAGAUAUUUUGGUGGUGCCUCCAAAGUUGCGACUUGUAUCUUUGGCAGGGGUUUUAAAGAAUAUCACAAACGUUAAGACCAGUGGUAGUAGAACAAUUGUCUUUUUAUCUUGUGCCGAUUCUGUUGAUUUCCAUUUCGAUGUGUUUACAAGAGACGGGAAAGCAUUGUUAUCAUCUAAAGGAGGUGCGAGAAGAUUUGUCAAAUCCAGAUUUAGGGCCCCUAAACCAACUCCUAGUGAAGAUAAAGAUGAUAAGAAAAAAGAAGCUAAAAAACCGUUGCCGCCAACAGAACCAAGUGAGGUUGAUAUGGUUGACUCGGCAAUGAGCGCCCCAACUUUGAAUCCAAACACCACGAUUUAUAAAUUACACGGUAUGUUACCUCAACAUAUCCGUACUGCCACUUUACAACAUUUCACGAAAUCUGAUACCUCUGAUAACCAGCACUCCAUCUUAUUUUGUACUGAUGUUGCCUCUAGAGGGUUAGAUUUGCCAUUGAUUUCUACGGUCAUUGAAUACGAUCCGUCGUUCGCCUUGGAUGAUCAUUUACACCGUGUUGGGAGAACUGCUAGAGCUGGGAAGGCCGGGAGAUCGGUGCUUUUCUUACUUCCUGGAGAUGAAGAAAACUACAUUAAAAGAUUGGAGUCACAUCAUACCUCAGGAUUUAAUAUUUUAAAUUAUGAAAAGGUGCUCAAGGAGAGUUUUGAAGAUGAGGAAAAGAAGAAGAAAUGGGAUGUCGAGGCCACCACCUGGCACUUGAAUGUCGAACGUUGGUUAUUGGAAGAUCAACUGUGCCUUGCUAAAGCAGAACAGGCGUUCAGCUCUCAUAUAAGAGCAUACGCUACCCAUUUAUCUUCCGAGAGGGACUGUUUCAACCUUAGGUCACUUCAUCUUGGGCAUUUGGCAAAAAGUUUUGGGUUGAGAGAAACCCCUAAGAAGUUGGGUCGUAAAUACGGUAAUGGGAAAGGAAAAGGUAAAUCAGGUAGUGAAGAACCAAAGAAGCAAAAGAUGGAAGACCCUAAGAAGAAGAUGCUUAGAAUGGCGGCAAUGGCUGUCAAGCUGCAAAGCAGCGAAUUCAAUUUUAUGUAA